GCGGUGUAGCUGACUGGGAUGUGUUGACACGCAUUUCUGCUCCUAUCUCCUUGAUUAAACCGGCAGCCUGGAUGGUAUCGAGCCGCAGCGGAGAGGAAGAGGAAUGAGAGCGGACCGAGCCGCGGCAUCUUCAUCAUGCAGCCGCAGAAGAUCACCAGCCGUCCAUUUUAUACGAUUAUAUGAGCCUAUGAGCGCCAGUUUAUCUGUGCUUUUCAGACGGGCGGCAGUACUGUGCAGUCCCGGGAAUAACAACAUAGGCCACCCCCUCGCUGCAGCUACAUACAAGGAAUGAAAACGCUCCCAAGAUGGUCCGCAUCGCCAAGGCCCUGGGUUUGGUUAUUCUGUGCGUCGCCGUGCUCAUUUUAUCACUCAUCAGCUAUGUCUCUCUGAGAAAAGACAGCCUCUUCGGCUCCUCAAAAUACUACAUGGGAGGCCCGAGGAUUAUGUUUCAUGCAGGCUUUCGGUCUCAGUUCGCCAUGAAUUUCCUGGACCCCUCCUUCAUCCCAUUAACUAACGCCCUAAACGAGGAGCUCCAAGGAAAACCGUCCAAAUGGAAGUUCAACAAGACGGCUUUUUAUGAGCUGAGGAAAGAUAUCUUAAACUACAUCGACAUUCCCAACAACUUUUCCCUCACAAAGAACAGCGUGCGUGUUGGCCAGCUGAUGCACUUCGACUACUCCAGCCACAAAUACGUUUUCUCCAUCAGCAACAACUUCAAGUCUCUGCUUCCUGACACCUCUCCCAUCCUCAAUAAGCACUACAGCAUGUGCGCUGUGGUGGGAAACAGCGGCAUCCUCACCGGCAGCCACUGUGGCCCAGAAAUCGACCAAGCUGAUUUUGUCUUCCGCUGCAACUUUGCCCCCACGGACAUUUACUCCAAGGACGUGGGCAAGAAGACCAACCUGACCACCUUUAACCCCAGCAUCCUGGAGAGGUACUACAAUAACCUGCUGACCAUUCAAGACAGAAAUAAUUUCUUCCUCAACCUAAAGAAACUGGAGGGAGCCAUUCUGUGGAUCCCUGCCUUCUUCCUCCAUACCUCAGCUACAGUAACCCGGACCCUGGUGGACUUCUUUGUGGAGCACAAGGGACAGCUGAAGAUCGAACUGGCCUGGCCAGGAAAUAUCAUGCAUGAUGUGAACAAAUACUGGAAGACUAAAAAUCUCUCUCCCAAACGUCUCAGCACUGGGAUCCUCAUGUACACGCUGGCCUCAGCCAUCUGCGACGAGAUCCACCUCUAUGGCUUCUGGCCCUUUGGCUGGGACCCCAACACGGGCAAGGAUCUGCCAUACCACUACUAUGACAAGAAAGGGACCAAAUUCACCACUAAGUGGCAGGAGACCCACCAGCUGCCCAGCGAGUUCAAGCUGCUCUACAAGCUGCACAGGGAAGGCGUGAUCAAACUCAGCCUGACGCACUGCACUUAGACAUUCGAUGAGUCCUGGAUGGUUUAAGAUGCGGCUCCAGAGACCAUUACAGACACACAUAAGCUCAGCUCAUCCUUAUGUUGUGGCACACAUGAUAAGCAUGAUAAGUGUUUAGGCAACUCAUGGUCACCCUGCAAACAUGCACUCGCGUCACGUUGUAAUUUUACAUGAAGAUGUCAGGCUCACUCGAGUUGUAGAUCCCAGCAUCGUUAUUCGUUCAACAAGUUGUUGUGUUUGGUAUCACAGUUAGGGGGUUUUCAUGCUGCUCAGUUGCUUCCAUUAGUCUCCUUUGCAUGGCUGCUGGCUAAACGGCUUGAACCGAACAGAUGUCUAUUUUAACUGGAGUCCACGGGGGGGGAUUCAGCUGUGGGAACACAGUAAAUUUCCAGUUCUGCUCGAAACAGAUUGAUUAAUCACCUUUAUAACAGUACACCGAUUCUGUACACUGAAAUCACUGCCUAAUCUCAGGGAAAGAGUUAGAUCAGUGUUUUUUUGUAAUCAGAUUCAAUGUCUCAAGAGAGGUGCAGUUCCUGUUUUCAGGCCUUUUCCCCUAUGAGGUGUCAGACAAUCUGCACUGCUCUGGAAGAUGGUAUUUGUUUACAAGAUUGUGCUCUAUAUAAAUAUAUGUGUGUCUUUUAUUCUCUGUAGACAGCCUGACUGUCCACUUCAAAAUUUUUGGAAUAAUAAUCAACAUUCCAACAAUAAGCCAUAAAUUCAUGGACAGAAGAUAGUUUGUGAUCAUUAGAUAAGAACUGCAGAAAGUGUUACCGGCCUGCGUGACUGUAUGAGACAUUUCCAGUAUCUACCAACAAGACUUCAAAUGUCAUUUUCCAUCAAUAUAAAUAAAAAUAGAUAUAAUGGUAAACUUACUUAAGUUAGGUUCAUGUUGUACAAAUUUAGCAAAGGCAUUUAUGAUAUGAGAUCAUUGUGUUUUGUCGUCAUCGUGGGCUAUUUUUAAAAGAACUGAUGUUUACAACUCAAAGGUUAUCACAAUACAUGAAAGACUGGAGUAACAGUGCACCAGCUUUUUGUAAAUCCACGAUUACCGAGUUUGAAUAUCGUACCUGAGCCGGGUUAAAACCUAACUUUCUAAAUUGGGACCUCAGGAAGUCACAGAUCAGGCCCAAGUAAUGAACCCCCCGCUCCUCCCCCCCGCAAAAAAAACCCUCAAACACUCUGUAAAACUGCAGUUUUAUUUACACAUAUUAACCCAAGGACAUGUAAUAUGUUAUUUUUUAAGUUUUAUAAGACCUGGUAGCUGAAAAUUUCCCCGUUAUCAAUCAUAUGCAAAGCUAACCCAUUAGCUGAAGGUACUGAGUUACCCAGUUGAAGGCUCCAGUGUUGCUAGAUCAGGUGGGUUUCUGCCCAGUUGGGCAGUUUUAAGUUUUUUAAUCGUUAAAAUCAUGUUGGCCAGGUGAACCAAAUUUGGGCUGUUUCGCGAUCCAUUUGGCAGUUUUUCAAACAUAUAAAUUUUAAAGGAUAAUUUAUAAUCAAACACAAUCGGACACACGUGCUGAACAGUCCAUCAUGACGCGCACUACUCAAACUUUAUGUCUUUUGUCAGAUAGCAGUGAGAAGAUGAUGCCAUAGUGGGUUAAAUUCAUAUAUCUAAACUACAGAACGGGGCGGGAGAGUGAGGUGAACCUGAAGCCGUGGAUAACAGCGUCUGAAGCAAAUGAUAGCAAAGCUCACUGCAGGAUUUGAAGAACCGUGCUGAAAUUGCCUGCCUGUGGUUGGUUUUCACAGUGACUAAAGCUUACACAAAAAAUGGUCAGUCAUGCUCUGUUUAAAUAUAUAUAUAUUUAAAUAACAGUCUUAAAUAUAUAAAAGUAUAAAUAUAUACUGUAUAAGUGGGUAUCAUGUGUGCAUGCCUAGAUGCACUGAAUCUGCUCUGGGUAUGUGCAAAAUGGAGCUUUAGGUUGCUUUGAAGUGAUGGUGGUAAAUGUUUGUGGUCCAGAAGCAGAGAGUAAGUCACAAGUGAGCGUUUGCAAACUGACAGUAAACAGCAGAAGAGGCAUCUUCCUCUCUCUCUCUCGCUUUGCUUCUGUUUGUUGAUAUAAGGAUUUUUGUUGGGAGCGAUUGUGCACCAGUGUGCGUCGUUCUUGAAUAUGAUGCAGCAUGGUGGCGAUUAAAACUUAGUUAAAAAUAAGUAAUAAUAUUAUUUUGGGCGGUUUUGCAUGCAUAUUAGCAGUUUUCAAAUAGGUUUGGGGCUGAAAAACGGGGCAUCCACACAGCAACAAAAAGCCAGAAUAUCAGUGACAUCCAGCAACUUCAAGCACUCGCAGGGUCCUGAGUUAAACUUUUCUCUGCUGAAGGGGCUACCGGCUGGUGCAAACACUGCUGAUAUAUGAGGAUGUGGUAAAUACUUCAGACCAAAGCCUGGACCGUCAGCUAGCAACCAAUUGGCAGCUAUAAACCACUGCACACUGAGAAAGGUGUAUAUCUACCUUUACUUAAUCAGGAAGUGAAACUCAUGCCUAGUGUCCUAGGCCGACAUAGGGAGCAUCAACCUAACAAACAGGCGUGAAUAUGUGAUCUGUUUCCAAACAUAAAACCCAAUAUCAGUAUUAGUAAAGACUUUAUUAGUGAGCAGCUUUUUAAUCUGAAAGGUUUUGCAGUUAACAAACCAUUCGAUUAGUUUAGUGUGAGUAGUGAUUAUUUUCUGUCUGAAUGGAAACAUUAGGAAUCCAAUGUUAGCUAAGAGUUACAUAAGGGAAUUUAGUAGGUGUAGAUACUUAUUAUUUACUAACAACAUAAUUAUGUAACAUCUAGUUUUUGUGGUGAAAACAGAAUGAAUAGGUAUGCUUAAAUUCUCACUUAGUAAACAGAGGCUUAAAAACAAAAACAAACAAAAAAACAGACC